CAAUGCAAUGAAAAUUUGGGAUCAACAGCAUUACUCGGCAAUUAACUACGCCUGAAACGGUGCGUUUAGAAAUUAGAACCGAAGGCUUAAUACUCGUCGUCUUCGGUCCUUAGUGGUGGUGGAUCUGAAAUUCUGCAACCCCUCUACCAGAUUCGCAACCCUUUAGUGUUAAUCAUCUUCGAUUAUAAUCUCUCCACUGAGACUUAGAUCAAUCCAUAUUAUUCGAGUCGCCACUACAAAAAAAAAUGGUGCUCACGUCCUCUGCACGUGACUACGUCAACCGCAUGCUGCAGGACAUCUCCGGCAUGAAGGUCCUAAUCCUCGAUUGCCAAACGGUGAGUAUUGUGAGCGUUGUGUAUUCACAGUCAGAGCUUCUUCAGAAGGAAGUAUUCUUGGUGGAGUUGGUGGAUUCCAUAACCAAGUCGAAGGAGCUUAUGUCGCAUCUCAAGGCCGUUUACUUCCUUCGCCCUACGACGGAGAACAUCCAGCAUUUGCGCCGCCAGCUGGCCGCUCCUAGAUUUGGGGAGUAUCACCUAUUUUUCUCCAACAUAUUGAAGGACACUCAAAUUCACAUACUUGCUGAUUCAGAUGAACAUGAAGCUGUCCAGCAAGUUCAGGAGUUCUACGCAGACUUUGUUGCAGUUGAUCCUUAUCAUUUCACUUUGCACAUCCCUUCAAGUUAUAUUUAUAUGCUCCCAGCUGUGGUGGAUCCUUCAACACUGCAACGCUUCUGUGAUCGGGUUGUUGAUGGUGUAGCAGUUGUCUUUUUGGGGAGACCAGUUAUUAGAUAUCAAAGGACGUCUGACAUUGCCAAAAGAAUAGCACACGAAGCAAAUAAACUGAUGUACCAAGAAGAAAGUGGUCUUUUCGAUUUUAGGCGAACAGAAGUUUCACCACUGUUGUUGGUGCUUGACAGGAGAGAUGAUCCUGUAACCCCAUUGCUCAAUCAAUGGACCUAUCAGGCUAUGGUUCAUGAAUUGAUAGGAAUCCAAGACAACAAGGUGGACUUGAAAUCCAUUGAUAAAUUUUCAAAGGAUCAGGAGGAGGUUGUGUUGUCGUCGGAACAAGAUUCAUUUUUCAAAGCUAACAUGUAUGAGAAUUUUGGAGAUAUAGGUAUGAAUAUCAAGCGGCUGGUUGAUGAAUUUCAGCAAGUGUCAAAGAGCAACCAGAACAUCCAAACGAUAGAGGACAUGGCCAAAUUUGUUGACAAUUAUCCUGAGUACAGAAAAAUGCAUGGGAAUGUGUCAAAGCAUGUGACUUUGGUAACAGAAAUGAGCAAGAUAGUACAACAGCGAAAACUUAUGACAUUUUCACAAACAGAACAGGAACUGGCUUGCAAUGGAGGACAAGGGGCUGCGUUUGAGGCAGUGACAAAUCUACUAAAUGAUGAUAGCAUAUCAGAUGUGGACCGGCUGCGUUUAGUCAUGCUAUAUGCUUUGCGAUAUGAGAAGGAUAGCCCUGUUCAGUUAAUGCAGCUUUUCAACAAACUGGCUUCCCGAUCUGCCAAGUAUAAAUCUGGGCUCGUCCAGUUUCUUUUAAAGCAAGCAGGUGUUGACAAGAGAACUGGUGAUCUUUUUGGAAAUCGAGAUCUAAUGAAUAUUGCCCGUAAUAUGGCCCGUGGGUUGAAGGGUGUUGAGAAUGUGUAUACCCAGCACCAACCCCUUCUUUUCCAAACCAUGGAAAGCAUUGUCAAAGGACGGCUGAGAGAUGUGGACUACCCAUUUGUUGGAAAUCACUUUCAACAAGGAAGGCCACAGGAAGUAAUCAUCUUCAUUGUUGGUGGGACAACUUAUGAGGAGUCAAGAUGUGUUGCUCUACAAAAUGCCAGCAAUCCUGGAAUUCGGUUUAUACUUGGUGGCUCUUCUGUUCUCAAUUCUAGGAGUUUUAUUAGGGACCUGGAAGAAUCUCAAAGGGUAGCUCGUUCGAACACCAGCAUUGUUUGAAAUCCAUCCUGGCACAAUUUGCAUUUUGAGGGCUAUAUAGAAAAAUAUUUUGCAGCUUUGGAUUGGGAAUUUCUGUUUUGCAACCAUGUACAUGUAUAAAAAUAGUUGCAGAGGGAGCUCGAUGUCGGUAUAAACUCAAUCCAUUGUUGUUGCAGAUAGUUAUUAACCCUAAUUUCGAUUGGGUUGUAUUGGUUGCUGCUUGCGGACGAAUGCGAUUGGAAAUUGAAAUACCAAACAUAAAGGGCACGCCACUCCCCUCUUUCUUUUGUUCAUUCAUGGGGUAAAAAGUAGACACGAAAGUAUAGGAACAAAGAAAAGAAGUAAAUCUUUUUUGUGUAGUUUUUCUUAAUCAUUUUGGCUAAUCGAGUCUCAAUUUUAUUUUUAUUUUUAUUUUGAAGGGUCUGAAUGGUUUUGCUUACACUUACUGAUGAAAACAAUUUUGUAUAAUCUUGUAAUGAAUGUCCCAUUCUUUUGUAUACUUAUACGGAUGUAGUUCAUUUGUA